CUCAAGAUGCGUCUCUCUGUUUGGGCAACGAGUCUCUCCCUCUUCACGCUCACAUUCGCUUCUCCAUUCCCUGUUGCCGUCUCAACACUUCAAGACAGAGAUCUCAUUGAGAGGAACACUCCCCUUAACGAAUUCCUCACAAUUCUCCUCGAUAAUAUCCCAGAUAUAUCUGGCGAUAUCUCCGACGUCGUUGGCGUCCUAACAGACUUCGAAGCCCUGCUCGCCGACCUCACAGGCGAACAAACUACCUACAACGAACUCGGUUCCUCGGCUUGCGCUGAAUAUACCGUUAUAUUCGCCAGAGGCACAACAGAGCCCGGAAAUGUAGGAAUCCUGGUCGGGCCCCCGUUCUUCGAAGCGCUGGAGAGUGCUGUUGGAUCAGGAAAUCUGGUUAUCCAGGGUGUGAACGAUUAUAGCGCUAGUAUCGCUGGGUACAUUGAGGGCGGAGAUCCUACUGGCAGCGCGGAGAUGGCAACGCAAAUCGAAUCUGCAUACAGUUUGUGCCCAAACACGAAGCUAAUCGCAAGCGGCUACUCGCAAGGCGGACAGAUAAUCCAUAACGCUAUUGGAGAAUUACCUGCCGAUGUUGCGAGCUGGAUCUCGAAGGUGGUUAUCUUUGGUGACCCAGAAACAGAUGAUGGACAAGCACUACCGAACGUAGAUGCGAGUAAGGUGGAUACUUACUGUCAUGUCGGAGACGAUAUUUGUCUUAAUGGAGAUCUGAUCUUACCGCCUCAUUUGACGUAUGCUGAGAAUGCUGCGGCUGCUGCUGCUUUCGUUGUUUCUUGA